AUGCAGAAUUCGGUCUCCACGCUGGGAAAUACUGUGACUGUGGAGUCGGCUUUGAACCUGUAUACCCUCCUUGAGAAUCUCAGCAUUCCUCGUUUUGCCAAUGCCAGACUGCAAUUGCCUUGCAUCGCAUUUUCUCUCACAGAAAUCAGGCGGAGGCCUGGUCAAGAUGGGGCUAGAUGUUUCGCUUAUGACGUCAAGGCAUACGGGCUACAAGACCUGCUGGUCAGAACAAAAGACGGGUUAGUUGAAUUCUCGCCUGAAAGGCGUACCCGGCAGACAUUCUUGCUCGUCCGUCCCUGGAAUCGGUAUGGUCUCGGGCUGAUUAACUUCGCAGACGAGACCCAGAGUAUGGAAGGUUGGCGCGAGCUUGCUUCUUCGUCAGAUGAUACGCUCGACGGCUAUCCUGGAUACAACGAGCUGGCUACGCGAGAGUUGAAGUUGAUCGUUCUCCUCGGACAACCUUUUGGCGCACUUUUGCUAGCGCAGCAGCGGGGUGGGGAGUAUAAGAGAAUUGCUUCGGAUAACACUAUCAUCACACGAGUCAGGGAUAUGGCUUCUGUUGACAACAUGCUACUGGAUAUACUGUAGCUGUGAAGAACGGGACAUUUUCAUUUGAUACGCGUGUGCCUUGAUAACACCUCCACAUGAACAGUAUCCCUAGAGUUUUACGUCCUGGGGAAGAGGAGAAUGCUCCGGUGCAAGCGCUGCCUAGAACUGUGCUCGUUCAGACUCGUCCAGUCUUCCUAAUCGGUAUUCAAGUAACACAAUACAUGUCCAAGACCGUAUCACCGCACUCCGAGCAACUACUAGUACAGACAAUUAUCAAAAUGUAUCAGUCACAUCCGUGCAAUGAAACUUCACCUUGC